AUGCUUCCCUAUUCACUGUACUGGCGUGUGAUUGACGGGGAUUGUGACCCACUUCGGGAAUCCCUGUUCCGCAUUACAACAUUGAGCGAUUUUAUCAUAUGGAGCUUAAUUCCCCUGAUCGGGAUGACCUCAGCCACCGCGAUCAUUUGUUGGAACAUAUUUCGUAUUCGUCGCAGUUUCCAGGCUCGUAAAAUGCCACCAUUCGCUCAGACCACAUCCAGUCACUCCACAUUCACUUAUGUGUGUCCACCGACUCGAUCGUCAUUGCCCAAUCGUCAGGGUGGAGUGGAUCGUGAACGAAUAUUAACCACAGUAGCAGCAGGAACAAUAACAACCAAUGUUUCCAAUCAUAAUCCGCAAAAUAUUAUUCUAAACAUGCUAUCACAACACACAAUGAGGGCCACACAAACCAACGCUCGCGGAUUCGUAGGCAGAGGGGACAAGAUUUUAUCGUUCACGGAAAAUGUAACUACAUGUGUUCGCCCGGUAAACACCGGUCCAAACAGUCAAGGUCAAAGGCACGGAGCAACGGAUAAUGCUGGACACGUCACUCGUUUAUUGAUUUGUAUGAACAUAUGGUAUAUGAUAAGCACAUAUCCGUUGAUGAUCUAUCUCAUGUUUUUAAAUUUUAUCAUCGAAGAUAUGGAUCGUGAUAUUCACAAAUUUAUGUACUAUUUAUCCCGAAGUCUUUGUUUUCUCAAUGCGUGCUCUAAUUGGAUAUUCUAUUGUGCCUCCGGACGCUUGUUUCGUCAGCGGAUUAAACAGAUUUGUCGUCGAUUUCUUCGCCGAUUCCGAUUCUACUCGAGCAGUCAGAGUUCCGGAUUCAAUGACUAUCCGGCUAACUUUGCACGAAACACAUCACAUGUACUAAGGGACCAGUGUACCAUAGUUCCAGUCCAUGACCGUUGGGCGAAUCGUCGUUCAUGGCUUUCGCGAAAGGUUUAUUCUGCCGACAAUUUACAAUUUCAAGUGAACAACCGAAUGUCUUAUUACUGUCAACCAGCAAGAACAACAACAACAGCAAAAGAUCAACAAGACCCGUCACCGCAUCGAUUUGGAAUUAUUACAUUUGUGCGAAAUGUGUUACAAAAUUGUCAUGCAUUCCAGUGUCAUUGUUUCUGUACAAAACCACUACCGUGUGUUGUACAUACCAUUCCCACGGAAUCACAAACGGAGGCGGAGGACGUAGAGGAUGAUGAGACCAGAGAGUCCGUAUCGCACGGAACCGUGUUUUGUCCCAGGACCACUGUCCCGUCAGAACAUGUAUGCGAAUGUGUGGCUUGUUGUACGGGGUUUUGUUGUUGGAAAUUUUGGUGGUACGGAUUUUCCGGCGGAGUGAUGAAAGAUGAUUCAUGUUUUUCAGCCACUGGGAUCAGAGACAAAUCCAAACCCCAUUCCUUCGGUUUGACCUCUUCCUCAUCUUCUCUGUACUUUCAUUCCGAACUGGCACGACGUCAUUCACAUCUUCGUGUUAGACCAAGCUCUCAUCCUCAUCACCAGAGUCAUCAUUCACGCCGCUCUCAUCAUCACCUCUAUUCAUAUCAAAAUCAUAAUCAUUAUCAUCAACAUCAACACCAUCAUCAUCAUCAUCAUCACUACCAUCAAGCGGGGCAAUCCAGAUCAGAUGAUCGCGUUCGGGAGAUUGAACCAAGCUCAUCGUGUGUUCGCGAGUCCAGAGUCUCACGCGGUUUACCGGAGAACAAAUUGCGAGACUCCAGUGGAAUUAUUCGUUCCAAUCAUGACUUGUAUGGAUCUGCUCCGUCGAAUCUGAUCUGUCCGAGUCAGGGGCAUGGUGCGGUCACAUCGACUGCAUUCCCUCAGUCCCAAUUGACUAUACACACACAACCGGAAAGUCAGUUGCGAUCCUCUCCGACCACAAUAAGUGCCAGUCACCCCGUGUGUUAUUGCUAUAUGUCCUCUUUGGGCAAACGUCAGUAUCAUUAUCAUCGAUGCAAGUUACACGAGAACGGUGAACAAACGCAACCGGAUGAUCCAGUGGAUUGGCGUAUCGGUCCACAUCACCCGUUUGCUUUGAUCCCGUUGUACACUGCACAGAGUGAGGGUCGUAUCCGACGCGCGUUAGAUGGGAAUCGGGAUGAGUUCGUGAGUUUGCCGCCGGCUCGCCAACGGUCUGCUAAUGUGAUUAAUCCAAGAUCCACUAAUACACUUCAUAUAUCUAAUUGA